AUGAAGUCAGUUCCUGGUUCACCACAUCCUUAUUACGAUGAAAAAGCAAGUGAAAGAGAAGCUCGAAUAAAAAGUUUAUUUGAGUCAUUGGACUGUAAAAAAAGAGGAUACUUGGAUGCUGAUGACGUUUUAGGAGGAUUUUUAAAACUUACUCACUUACCAGCACAUACACGAUAUGUCACCGAUUUACUAGCAAAGUGUGAUACGGCGCAUGAUGGAGUGAUCUAUUAUCAAGAGUUUAGAAACUAUGUAUUAGAAAAGGAAAAGGAACUUUGGGAGCUAUUCUCAGAGAUUAAUCAAUCGAGCGACUUCAAGCUACGUCCUAAAGAUUUGGAAAAUGCUCUAAAGGCAGCUGGGAUUCACGUUACGAAUGAUGAUAUCACCAAUUUCAUACAAUGUAUUGAUACUGAGGGUAAUGGUUAUAUUGACUUUCAAGACUGGAGAGACUUUCUACUAUUAUUACCUAGAGAAACAACACUAACUGAAGUAUAUCAAUACUAUCAAACAUCAACCCAGAUCACCCAUGAUGCUGAAGUGGUUAUACCUCAUACAGAUGAAGCUGCCAUCAAUGCUUAUAAAUACUUAGCUGCUGGUGGAAUUGCUGGUGCUGUCUCAAGAACAUGCACAGCACCAUUUGACAGAUUAAAGGUUUACCUAAUCACUCAGACCGCAUAUAACCCAGUUCAUACAACAACAGCAGCAACAGGAAUAAUGAAGCAAUCGGCCAUAUUGAAUGGUUUAAAGAACAUUUAUCAUCAAGGUGGUGGAUUUCGUGCCUUCUUUGUUGGCAACGGAUUAAACGUGAUCAAGAUUGUUCCUGAAUCAGCCAUCAAAUUUUAUGUGUUUGAAACGGCUAAAUCAGUUCUUGCUGAACUGACAAACUCAGAAGAUAAGAAUGAUAUCCCUGUUGGUGCUCGCUUUGUGGCUGGCGGUGUAGCAGGUCUGUGCGCUCAGUUUUGUAUUUAUCCUUUAGAAACUUUAAAAACAAGAAUUAUGUCAUCGAAUGCUAUACACGAGAAAAGACAUCACCAUCACUGUAGUGCGGCUUAUAGAUCCAAGCAACAGUCUAUGAUUAUAAAUACUGCAAAAUCACUUUAUAAGGCACACGGUUUAAGAGGAUUUUGGCCGGGUUUAGCUGUGAGUCUGAUGGGUGUGUUUCCUUAUCAAGCCUUGGAUAUGGGAAUCUAUGAAACGCUAAAGGUUACUUAUCUACAAUACAUGAAUUCUCAAAAGGACGACCAAGGAAAGAGCAAACCCCCUAAUGUGCUCGUUCUUUGGGCGUGUGGUAUGGUAAGUGGAUCUAUUGGUGCCACAAGUGUAUAUCCUUUGAAUAUGAUUAGAACAAGACUUCAAGCACAAGGUACACCAGCACAUCCAUAUAGAUAUACGUCUGCUUGGGAUGCAGCCAAAAAGACGUUUCAAGCUGAUGGAGUGAGAGGAUUUUAUAAAGGAUUGGGACCAACACUAUUCAAGGUUGUACCUUCUGUUAGUAUUAGCUAUGCUGUAUAUGAGUUUAGUAAAAGAACACUUGGUAUUUCCUGAUGCUUCCCUUCUCCCUUAUUUAUUCUAUAUACAUGUAAUUUCUUUCUUUAUUUUAUACAUAUACCAACAAAAUGUCUCUUUUCUUUUUCUUUUUAGAUCAUAAAUUUCCUUAGGGAUAUCCUCUAGUUUUUACUAUUAUU